AUGGGGGGCGGAUCGCUGUUCCAGGUGGGCGAGGCGGUCGAGUUCUGGCGGGUGCUCAUUCACUUGAGCAUCCUGGCCUUCUGCCUCGUGCUCUUUGAGGCUCUACUGCACCAUGUGGAGCACAAGCUCUCUCGGCACGACAAGUACCAGCACAUGCUCCGGAAGGCGUAUCGUGAGCUCAUGAUCCUGGGAUUGUUGAGUCUCGGCCUCAAACUACUCAAGGAGGUGCCCGGGAUCCACGCCGACAGCAAGACCAUGCUGGCCUUCCAGGUGGCCGACCUGGCCAUCUUCAUCCUGGCGCUCGCGCUCAUCUUGCAAGCCAUCAUCGUCUUCUCGCAGCUCCGCAAGCACAACAAGGUGGCGGAUCGCACGGAGUUGAUCACCGCGCAGGACCUGGUGGACGCCUUGAGUCCUCCCGCUGGAACUCCGCCAACUUCAGGACCCGUUCACGGCGGUGGGGGGUCCUCCUGUUGGCCACGCAAGACUACGGGCGCAGCGUUCGACAAGGAGGUGGUAGAACGGAGACUACUCCGCCACCUCUUUCUUCGGCGAUUCGGACUACCGCAGCUCUUCCCGUUUUCCAAGUACCUGCGUCGAGCGCAAGCGAACCAGAUCUCGCACAUGAUCGAGGUAGAACCGUCCAUGUGGGUGCUUCUACUCGCUGUGGCAUGGGGGAUCUGCGGUUUCGUUGCGAUGCUCGACGAGUGGGAUGUCGAUCUACCCGAAAGUCACGAACUGGUCGAAACGUUGAUGAUCUUCGGGUGGCUCUUGUUGGUGGUCCACGUCGUAGUGAUGCUCUACUUCCGCUGGAGUCUUCGACAGCUCCUGGACGCUGCAGGCUACAGCGACAACGAGGCCAUCCUGGUGGAUAAUCUACGCGCGAUCGCCGAGGAGGAGGCUCUGGCCUGGCAGAACGAAGCUGCGGAUACAGCCCUGGACACGAUGAACCGCGUGCAAGAGGAACUGGAGGAGAUCGAAGACCGCAGAAACGCUGAGCGCCACGUUCUACUGCGCAAAGACGUCGGGCUGCAGCUCGUCGCGACGUGUUGCCGCAACAUGAACCAGAUCGGCGUCGCUAAGCUGCGCACCGGCCGAGUUCCCAGCGGCGUGCAGCCCGGGACGCCGCACAUCAACAUCCGCUUCUUCUCGCGCAAGGCGUGGCACGUGACCGUUAUGUUCCUGCUCAUUCUCAACGGCUUCUUCAUCGCUCUGCUUGUGCAGUGCGCCGUGUACGACCUGGACGACAUCUACGAGGACUUUGGCCUGCUCCCCGCCAUCUUGGUGCCGCUCCCGUUGAUUCUCAACACGUUCGUGUUCCAGCAGCGCAUGUUCCGCCACUUCGUCAUCGUCUGCAGCGUGCUGCGCGUGGAUUCCAACACGCUGGGCGAGGUGGUGAACCACUUCAGCGAGAUCGUCGAGAUGCGCACCGAGUUCGGCUCCUCACUGCUCGAAUGCCUCAAGGAAGGAGACUACACCAUCGUGGAUCUGAGGAGGGAGCUGCACGCCUACGACCCCAAGCAGACGGGAUUGAUCGACGUGGACACUCUUCGCUACGUCUUGGCCUCGUUCGGGUUCCGCUUGACGCGCUUCCGAUUCAACAGUGUCGCCAUGAUGUUGUUCGAGCUGAAUGGGACCAGAGUCGAGUACGGGCAACUGUUUCGACUGCUGAUGCUGGCUCAGAACGAGCACCAGUCCGAAUUGGCGGGAAGCCAAGUGAGGCGCCAGCACCCGCUCUUGCAACGCAGUCAGACGUCAUUGGACGAUGGUGGCCGAGGCAGCUUACGUGCGAACCAUGUAGCAGCCCCCACUACCGGACGGCAGGUGCCCCUACUGUCUCAACCGAGUCUGGGGUCGGAACCAAGGCCGAGUGACUUCGUCAACGUCAGUCAUGGACCAGGUGGGUUGCCGCCGAUGCGGCCGGUGUCAGUGAGCGCAGCGUCCGACACGAACGCGAAUGUGAAGACGGAGAACGGCACGCGCCCGCGUCCUCCUAUGCUGGAGCGCAGCUACACGCACCAGUUCGCUGGCUCGAGCUCUCGGGCGCUUCACGACAUGUUUAACAUCCGAAGAGUAUCGGCCUCUCAGUCCGACACGGUGCCCUCCGACACUGUGUACACCGUGCUGUAG